UAGGCAAAUACUUGGGGAAGUCCUAGAGAGCAGAGACUGCCAAGUUUGCGCAUAUCUGAAAUGUAAAAUCAUUUUUUCUGUAUUUUUUUUCCUUCUUUUUUUCUGUUCUUACAUAUUAAUAUUAAAGCUUUUCGCUCAAAGAUCUCGGAACCCUUCCAUGAAUUGAAACCCGUAUAAGGUUUGCCAACCCCAAAAAGCAAACCACUUUCUUUUUCCACAUCCCCCCCCUUCUCGAUAUUAAUCACUUCUGUUUGUCUCUCUGUUUGUUAAAUGGGAAAAUCACUUCCUUUCACGGCGAAGCUUCAAGAAUUCACCAAAAUUAUCACACCGGCCAGACUCCAAACUCCCAAACGCGAGAAACCGAUAUCGCGAAUCCGGGUUACAUCCCCGGAAACAGGGAAACUCGGGGUUUCCCGAGUCGACUCCGAUCGAUUAAAGCAGAAAAGCUUGAUGGAAAGCUUGGAGGGGCAGCAGGACCAAACCCGGGUGCCGUUGGCCCAGGUGGUCUCGGACUGCGCCAAGCGGUGGUUCCAGGACGCGCUUAAGGAGGCCAAGGCCGGCGAUAGCGCUAUGCAGGUCCUUGUCGGCCAGAUGUACUACAGUGGCUAUGGUGUCCCCAAAGAUCCUCAAAAGGGACGGACUUGGAUUACCAGAGCUUCUAAAAACCGGGUUUUAGUUUGGAACGUAAGCAACAAACAUCCAGGUUACAAUGCAAGUGACUCAGAUUCAGACGAAUCGAAGGGCGAUGAAAAAUAAGGUCGAAUGUGAUUUUCUGUUGAUUGUAUUUGUUGAAGUUUUUCAGUGUUGGCCAACGUUGGUGAUCAAAUAAUGGGUGUAAUUUGUUAUUAACACUUGUUCAACCCCCCCUCUAAAAUGUGCAUUUGGCUCAAAGCCAUAACCUCGGCCUCAGUGGAAACUGGAAAGGUAAUUUAUUACUCUGUUGUUCCUUAUUUUCAAGCAUUAUAAAAAUUGUCUAUGACCUAUAUAAUUUUUGAACCAGGUGUUUCGUUCCUGCAUUAAAAUGAUCAAGAAUCGGGUCAUGUAAAUUUUAUUUAAGUUUAGAAGAAUUUGGAAGGUCAUAUAUAUAAAUAUUAGAUAAUAUAGAAGAAGCACACUUUGUGCGAUUCCUUUUCUUUUUUCUAUGUCUAAUUUUGUUAUUAAUUGAAGAAUGCCACAAUUAGGGAAGUCCAAAAUCAUGUUACAAACAAAAUUAAUAAUUGAUAAUUUUCUUGUGCAUCCCACGGAUGCAUGACUAUUUUUUCAUAUUCUUAAUCCAUUGAAAAAGAGUUAUUGCCUCCCACAUAUCCCUAGAUUCGAUAUUUCAGAUAUACGUGUGUGUGGGUAAAAGAUACAUUGCUUGCGAAACUUUUUGAGGGGAAACUAACACAAUUAUCUUGAGUUAUGCAUGAACUGCUGAACCCUGUUACUCUUAAUAAGAUUGAAUUUGUCAACCUCUUCUGGCGGUCAGUUGUGCUCCUUUUUAUUUUUUUCAAAGGUUGUGAGCUCCUGUCUGCGACUAAUCUAAGGAUUGUGAUUAUCACUCAGUGCAUAACAGAGCUGCAUUUAUUUUUCUCACUUCAUCUCUCCUCUUUUAUUGCCCUUCUCAUUUCUUUGUGCAUUCUUCAUGUAUCGCCAGCUGUUUUGUACUAUACGAGUUUUGCAUUUUUAUUGGUCCCUUUGGCCACUUUAAGCUGCCAAACUUCAAUUUUUUAUGCAUUAUAAAGCAUAUUAUUGUUUUUUUGUAAUCUUGUUGAUUUUCCUGCAUGGUUCUUGAUAUGACUGCGUGAUGUAAAAAUUAUUUGAGUUACAAUAUGUGCAAGAAACAUAAAUUAUCAUGUUGUUAUUUCUUCCUAUUUCAAGGUAAUAACAAAAGAACUUGAGGAGAUGUGCAGAGCAUGCUGCAAUCAGAUAAUUAGAUAAAAGCGGCUCAUGUACAUAGGAAAGCAUACCUAGCAGCAACAGAUUACGUUGUUAAUGUUCCUUUGGAACUUGGUAGGACAAUAGGAGGUUCUUGAAGGUACACGGUUGACUUUUUUUCUCAGUGUCAGGGAAAAUGAAAGAAAGGAAGCAUCCAAGAGCACUGCAUUGGAUUAUCCAAAUGCUAGUAAAAUGAAAAAUUUACCUCAUUUUAGAUAAAAAUGCCUACAUUGGAUUAGCCAAAUGGAAAAUAAUAUGACUUUGAGCUACAGGAGCAAUCACCCGGCAGUCAUAUUUGGAUGUUUACUGUACAAAGAUCAAAUGAAUAUUUUACUCGAUAAAACAUCCCGCCCAAACUGCCCUUCAGUCUUUCCCUCAAAAAUUUCUCUCUUUCCCAACUGAGCUUCUCUCCCUCCACCAAAUCCCUGUAUCUUGCUGAAAUUUGUCUGACCUUCUCCCUUUUUCUCACCAUUUUCGCUCCAGCCACCAAAUCCCUCUUCGCACCAUUUUCACUCUGAUCUUAAACCAGAAAUUUGUGUGAUUAUCCCUCUCCCUACAAUCUAUGUGAUUUGCGUGAUUAUUUUGCAAGCUGAACCAUUUUGGGCUGAUUCUCUCUCUGUUUGGGGGUCCAUCGCACUCCAUAGUGUUCUCAUCUUCAUAUUCACAGAUCCGAAAUCAAUGAAAUUUGUCUACGCGACGGCCUUCCUUUUCUGGUUUUUCCCCUAGAGUUCCUCCCCGUCACAAGAUUGUUGGAACCCGAAAACCCUUGGGUAAAAUUCCGUGCUCCUUCUUUUUGAUACUCACUGUGUGCUGGUUUUGGGAAGUUUCAAUUUAGUGAUUUUGAUAGAGUAGUGGCUGCCCAAUGAUUUCUGGUUUGUGCUUUGUGCUUUGUGCUUUGUGGUUCAUGCAUUGUGGCUGGGUCGUGAGUGGUGGUUUUUCAUACUCACUGUGUGCUUGUGGUUUGUGCUUUAAAACUGCCCACUUGAUAGUAUUGGUUGUGGUUUAGUACUGGUUUGUGGCCACUAUAGCUUCAUGACAUUGUGGUUUAGAGUCUUAGACAUGGUUUGUGCCCACUACUGUUUAAAAAGAUUAUAUAUGCAGGUGGAUUCAUUAAGAAGAAUCGUUCUAAUUUCUGAUCGUACUGUGAUGGGAAGCAUGGUUGAUAUUAUUGUGGAGAUAGACAUGGUAAUAUCGUUGGUGAAGGAGUUUUGAGUGGGGAAAACUGGUUUAUUCUGUUAUGAGAUGUGGGUAUGGAAGUGCUUUUGUACAAAUUUGAAAGUAUCUUUGGUUAUAAAAGAGGAGCUAGUAGUUUGAAGUUGCCACCCCUUGCACAUUGAUAACUUGAUCUAGUAUAUUAGGCAGAUAGUAAUUUGUGCAUAAUAUUGUGGUUCUGGGCUGGUUUUGUGAGUGGAAAUACAACUGGGCAGCUGGGUUGUGUUUUAAAUAUGGUUAUGACUUGGUUUGGUGAUUGGAAAUACAGCUAGACAUUCUUGGGCAGUGUUUUAAUUAUGUUUUUAGCUAGUUUUGUGACUAGAAAUACAUGUAUAUGUGCUGCUGCUGUGGAAUUGUAUAGCAGAUAUUAGAAUUGUGGAAUUGUAUAUGUGCUUCUGCAUGUUUGUGGCGAAUUGUGCUGCUGUGGAAUUGUAUAUGUGCUGCUGCAUGUUUGUGGUGAAUUAUAUAGCACCUCCUGCUGCUACUGUUGUGUUUUAAUUGUGUAAUGUUGUUGUGGAAUUAGUUAGUUUGUUGAUGUGAAUUAGUAUUUUGUGUGGAACUUUUGAUUAUGGGCUGGAAGCUGUUCCAUUUGGCUUUUGUAUUAUUAUUAUUAUUAUUAUUAUUAUUAUUAUUAUUAUUAUUAUGGGCUGAAACUGGCGCUUGUUGAAAGUAUUUGUUUAAUUUUGUUGAGAUUGGAACUGUUGGUUGUACUGAUAUAAUACAGUUGGGUUUUAAUUGUAUAAUACAAGUAUGGCUGGCUGAUUUUGCUUUUCAAUCUCACUACAUUUGUUGGAGAGAUUAGGUAGAUGUAAUAUAAAAUGCAGGUGCCAAGGCGCUGCCCAGCCGAGGUGUUGUAUUUGAUUUCAAUCUCACUACACUGAUGAAUUUAUUCUGUUGUGGCGUGACACAUACAUAGCACUUCUUUACCAUGAUACACUUAAGAAUAUUUAGAACAAAUAAGGUUUUAUUUUAGGCAAACAAUGCACAAUAAAAGCAGUUGGCUAAAAUUAGAAAUGCAAAAUAUGACCCCAAAAAAUUACUAAAAAAGAUAAUAAAUUAUUAAUAUUUUAUCAGUAUAUAUAUAGUAUUUGGAUAAUCUAUUGUGGGAAUUGGUUUUGAAUGGAAUAGCCAAAUGCAAAGUCAUGUGAUAUUAUGCAAAUUAUGAUAUUGCAUUUGCAUAAUCCAUUGUCAAUGCUCUAAACUCUUGAGUUAAUUGAACUUUUUUAACUUGAGUAAUCAGCCAUUUUAGAAAUGAUUACUGUUCUUCUUUUUAACCAGCAUGAUCUGCUAGUUACUAUGUUAUGAUAUAUAGCUAUUCUUUUGCUGUGGAUCCUGGGCUGUGGUAAGUUCAUAGCCGAUAUGGUUUUCCCGGACAGUUUACAGGUUGAUUUUUCAAGCAUUUUCACUCUCCUGCCUUAUUUUUUGUUGCAAUGUCAAACUUCUUGUGGAUGUUGACGACUCUAUUGAGAUGAUAUUUUGGCCCUUUAUUCUGUCAGUCCUAAAUGACUCGGUGCGAAAAUUAUGACAUACUGUUGGGAGCGCCAAUUUUGAAUGGUUGUGUUCCGUGUGCAUUUUCGUUGGACAAAUCGACAAGACUGCUUAAAUAAAGAGCCUCUCACGUUGUACCGUGUAUCAACAACUCAUAUGGAUUAUGGAUUACUUGAAUCGUUGUUUGAACUCUAUAGGAUGUAAGAAGAUUUCACACGGUGAUGAUUUUAAGAAUCAGAUUUGUUUUAUGACCUUCUAACAUGUACAUGUAGACAUUCUAAAUGAAAGUAUUAUACCACAUACUACUACCUCUUUAUCAAACA